AUGCCCGUGCAGUGCUCCAUGUCCCCCCUUCCUCUCCCCCUUCCCCCUCUCUCCUCCCCCCCCUUUUCCCCCUCCUCUCUUUACUUGAGGAGGACAAGUUCCCCCUGGCGGUGUUCAGCAGCGGGUUCCUGCUGGACUCCGUGUUUCCAUGCUUCCACCCACUUCCACUCCCGCUGCCACCCACCUCUUGCCUUCCCCUCCUGCUCCCGUUGCCCUUCUCCCUCGCUUUUCCUCCAUGUUCCCGCCCUUUCCCACGCUCCCCAUCGCUCCCCACAGGAGGACAAGUUCCCCUUGGCAGUGUUCAGCAGCGGGUUCCUGCUGGACUCCGCGCAGUACCGCAGCUACGCCCACCACCUCGCCAGUUGGGGCUUCGCUGUAGUCACCUACAAUAAGGUGGAGGGGCUGAUGGGCCCUCUGGACGACAUCAUCUGUGCACGGUUCAUCACUGAGCUCAUCAACUGGGCUGGCACCAGUCACUUGCUUCGUAGGAUAGCAGACAACACACGGGUCUACCUCUGUGGCCACUCCAGAGGAGCCAAGGUGAGCGUGCUGGCAGCAGCCAUGGACCCUCGAGUGCUCUCCCUCGGCCUCGUCGACCCCGUCGAUAACACAAUAGCAGCCAUGCAUGCAGGCACCAGUGCCAUCGAGCAUCUCCUUGCCCAGCCCAACCCCGCCAACCAAGGCCUGGCUGUCUCCCUCCCCACCCUCGUCGUCCAGUACCCCUCCCCUCAGCACGAGCAUGGCUCUUUACGCGCAUCUGGCCCCCGGGUACCCCUCAGCAGUGGCAACUAUGAGGGCAGGCACCAGUGCCAUAGAGCACCUCCUCGCCCAGCCCAACCCCGCCAACCUCUGGUUCUUCAACUAACUCUCUUUCAACCCCUCUUCCCCCCCACCUUCACCCCUGCAGUCUACGCGCCUCUGGCCCCCGGCUACCCGUCAGCAGUGGCAGCCAUGAGGGCAGGCAACAGUGCCAUCGAACACCUUCUGGCUGAUGCCAACCCCGCCAACCAGGGCCUGGCCCUCUCCCUCCCCACGCUCGUCGUGGGCGGCGGCUACCCUGGGGACUGCGCCCCUGCCGCCUCCAACUACCGCUGGUUCUUUAAAGAGGCUGGUAACCCCAGCUGGGAGGUUGUGCUGCGAGACGCGGGGCAUUUCCAGUUUUUAGACUCGCCGCCGGUGAUCCAGGCGGCUGUGUGUGGGCUGGGGCCGGCGAGGGAUGAGGAUGUGAGGCGGGCUACGAGGGCUUGUAUUGCUGCGUGGGGCCAUGCGACUGUGCCCAGGCAGAGGGGGAAGGGGGUGGGUGGGGGUGGGAGAGGGGUGGUGCCGCAGCAGGGAGGGGGAGAUGGGGGAGUGGGAGCGGAGGAGGAGGGUUGCAUCAGCAUUGGUGGGAGGUGCAGUGGCAGUGGUAGCAGUGGGACGAGCGGGACCAGUGAAGAUACGAGCGGGACCAGUGACGAUAUGGAUGCCGCUGCAGCUGAUAGUUGGAGAGCGGGUGCAGCAAGGGAAAAGGGGCUGGCACAGGCUCCUGCUCCUGCUUUGACCCCGUUGACUGCGGGGGACAACUUGGAGGCCCCUGUGUCAGAUAGGAAGGAUGAGCUGGAGGCCAUGAUGGUUUCAGUUGCUGCUGAGCUGGCAGUGCUUGGAGGGACUAAGUUCACUUCAAGACUGAAACUAUGA